CACUGCUGUAGGGUGCCGUCCUAGCCGGGAGGACUCCCAUCCAUAUGCACCCAAGAUACCUUCCCUUAUACAAACGGGGGACCUUCAUAGGGCUGUAUCUUUGCUGCGAGCCACAACAUGCAGCAACGUGCUUGCUUGGCAGUCGCAGAUGAGGGUCUGGUUUUAUUGCUGUUGUACUCAUACCCAUAAUCACCCUCACUUGUGCCGUGAUCCGGUAAUCAUUUGUUUUCCAUGUCGUGCUUUAGAUAAAUUCACCGGUAACCAUGUCGUUCUUCAAGAAGCUUGCCGACAAGUUCGACGAUCUCGACUUGACCGGUGACAAGAAGAAGGACGAGCCCUCCGGUGCCUCUGCUAAUUCUGCCAACCGGGACUUCGGCGAUUCUCACUCAGGUUCCUACUCGUCUGCGCCUCCGCAACAGUACGGAUCCCAGUACGGACAAGGUCAAUACUCGGCUCCGCCCUCCCAGUCCUACGGAGGCCAGUAUAACACCCCUCCGCCUCAGCAGGGGUCGCACUCCUCUCCUCCUCCCCAGCAAGGCUACAGCGGUUCUUCCCAGACCCCGGAGUACAGGCCCCCUCAGGACAAGCCGCCCAUUCCCAGUGGCUGGAUCCCCAAGUGGGACUCCCAGUAUCAGCGAUGGUACUACGUAGAGGAGGCCACUGGCCGCUCGCAGUGGGAGGCACCUGGAUAUGAUGCAACUCGCCCUCCUGCUGAGGCACGUGGUCAUGAUUCUUCGUACGGUAGUGGCGCUCCGCCUCCUAGUGGUUACGGCGGCUACCAGGACCCCGGUCAUGGUGGCGGUUAUAACGGAGGCCACGGUAGUUACGGCGCUCAAGGUGGCCACGGUGGUGAUUACAGAGGAGACCAAGGUGGCCAAGGCGGCUAUGGGGGAGGCUACGGCGGGCAACCCCAAGGUGGUGACUACGAGAAGCAGAAGAAGGAGAAAGGCAGUGGCGGAAGCGGCAUGCUUCUAGGUGCCGCUGGUGGUCUGGCCGUCGGUGCCAUCGGCGGUGCAUUGCUGGCUGACGCCUUAGAUGAUUCGGACGAUGAACGCCAUCAGCAGGUUGUCUACGCGGCACCACCUCCUGCCGCACCCGUCUAUAUGCCCCAGGGCGACGAGAGCGAUCGCGAGUCGCUCGAGGAAGCACGCGAGGACUACAUCGAGGCUCUGGAAGACGCUGCCUCAAGUAGCGCCAGCAGUAGCGACCGCGAGGAGCUGGAGGAGGCUAGGGAAGAGUACCAAGAAGAGUACGAGGAGUACUACGGUGACGACUAGGACCAGUUGGCAGGGCAUGGCCCGAAAGGGAUGUUUCGCUGCGUCAAACAUGGCGUGCUCAUGUAGCCGAGCUUCUUGCAGAGGCAAGAACAUGAAAUAGAUUUCGAUCACCCCUGGCUAAUAGAGGCCGUUUUGACUUGAA